AUGAAGCCUCUCUAUCCGAAAGCCAAGGAGCGGCGCGUCAGUCUAUCUGAUUCGGGCCUCCGAAAGUCGCGAUUCGCCGUCCUUCGAACCGCCACCGUCUUUGGAGUCAUCUUAACCUUGCUCUUCCUCUCGCUGUUCUCGUAUAUCUUCGGCUCGCUGUAUCAGCUGAAUGACCACUUUCACCACCUGAAUGUCGCCUUUGUCGACUACGAUGGGGGUGUUGUUGGGGAUGCUGUCCGCCAGGCGUAUGAUGGGCUGCGCGCCGACACCUUUUUCACCCUCAGCGAACAGUCGCCUGCGGAUUAUUCUCAGCCUCAGGAUCUGCGCUCGGCCGUGUGCGACAUUGACUACUGGGGGGCCCUCUACAUCUCUGCCGGUGCUUCUGAUCGCUUGGCAGCUGCACUAAGCGAUGCCGAUUCGGCCUCUUCCUACAACAACCGCGACGUCCUCACAUGGAUCUGGAACCAGGCCCGGUAUCCAACGACCAUCGACUCUCUUGACCGACAGGUCAGGACACUUGUCGAAGCUGCCCGUGUUGCCUACGUGCGAAUAAAUGGCACCGGCGCCGUGCAGUCUCUCGAUACCUCCAGUCCCGCCGCUGUGGCUGCGUACUCGAAUCCCUGGCAACUCGCCCAAGACAACCUCCAGCCCACAGCCCAGGGCUCCCGCCUCAUCUACAAUACCCUCGUCAUUAUCCUCAUCCUGAUCCAAGAAUUCUUUUUCCUCGCGACUGUCAACGGUCUCUACGGACAAUUCGGCCUCUUCGGCCGGGUCAAGCCUCUCCGCAUGAUCUUCUUCCGCUUCCUCAUCUCCGCCCUGUACACCCUCGCCGGCUCCAUCUGCGCAAUCGGCGCAGUCUGGGCCUUCCGCUCCGGGUGGGAGGUCAACGGAAACCAGUGGGCGCUCUCCUGGAUAACGAUGUGGCUCUUCGCCCACCUGAACUUCCUCACGCUGGACGUCGUCGCCGUCUGGCUGCCCCAACCCUAUGUUCCCAUGGCCCUGAUAUCAUGGGUCGUGCUCAAUGUCGCCUCGAUCCUCGUACCCUUUGAGCUCUCGCCCGCCUUGUACAAAUGGGGCUACGCGCUGCCCGCCCAUGCAGUCUACAAUAUCUUUAUCGAUAUCUGGUCCGGUGGGUGCAACCCGCAGCUAAACUACGCUCUCCCGGUGCUAUUUGCAUAUGAACUAUCGAGCGGGAUCCUCAGCGCCCUCGGGGUCUACCGCCGCGCGCACUACGCCGUCGUCGCGGCAGAGCGCGAGGAGAAGAGCUGGCAGGAGAAGAUCGCCACAGCGGUUGCAGAGUGCACGAGGACGACUAGUCGGGUCCCGGCUCCGUUGGCGCUGUCGCCAACGCAGAGCAAGGAGAGCAGGAUAGCGCCGGAUGAGGAUGUCGAUGACUUUGAUGCGGGUGAAGGUGAGGGUCGGCGGGCAUCGAGCUCAAGUGUUGAGGAGGGUGUGCCGGAUCGUGCGGAGCUUACGGGACGGCUUUGGCGGGCGACGUCGCAGAUGAACAUCGAACAGGCGAGUGCGCGGAGGAAAGAGUCGAUUGGGCCGGCCUUUACGUUGCGGUAG